CUGACGGUCGGUCGGUGCGUGAAUUUAAAUGGUUUUGCUAAAACUGGCUGUUUUUUGAAAUUAAGACAUUCUAAAAAAAGAAUAUAUAAUUUUAAAUUUCACAACGUACACAUAUGAGUGUUGUUAUAAAUUUUAGUGAGUAAUGCAAUUCUAGUGACAGUUAUAUUUGUGAUUAUGAUGUUACAAAGCGCAAAUAGGUAGCGGAAUAUUAAAUGAGUACAACUAUUGAAAAGUUAUCAUUGAUGAUUACUCUGGCCAGUGAAACAACUAGUGGAAUUUUUUCCCGAAAAGAAACGUAAACGAUGAGAAUUUAUUGAGUAAAAAAAAUUUUAAUUCUGCACAAUGUCUCAAAACUCUGAUGGACUAGUUUUGAAGAAGAAGAAGAAGUUUAACAUAAAAAUUGGAAAUUUCAAUAAUGUUCAGAGAGCUGAUGACUAUAAGGAAAAUGACGAUUCGAAAAUCACAAAAGAUGAGAAAAGUCAAGAAGAAGAAGUGCCAAACAUAUCUUUUUUUACAUUGUAUCGAUUCGCAACCUGUCUGGACAAGUUCUUCGUGAUAAUAGCAGCUAUUUGCGCUCUCACUGCUGGUUGUUCAAUGCCAUUCAAUACAAUCCUCUUCGCUUACCUUUUCGAAUCGAUGGUAACCUACGGCAUGUCACUGUUACAAGAAAAGCCAGCUAACGACCAGUUUCUGGAAGAUUUAAAAUUUUUCGCCGUCUGGAAUCUUGUGAUUGGAAUAUUUAUUGUGGUUUUGACGUACGUCGCCACGGUUCUUAUGAACAUAUCUGCUUAUAAUCAGGUUUACAAGAUACGCAAAGCGUAUUUAAAAGCGGCUUUGAAUCAAGAUUUUGGAUACUUUGACACCCAUAAAACAGGUGAUUUUGCCACAAAAAUGACCAGUGAUAUAGUGAAACUUGAAGAAGGAAUAGGAGAAAAGUUGGCAACAUUUCUCUAUUUCCAGUCGGCUUUCAUCAGUUCCAUAAUUAUGUCAUUAGUGAAGGGAUGGAAACUUGCUUUACUGUGUUUGAUAUCCUUUCCGGUUACACUGUUUCUAGUCGGGAUUUCUGGUUGGAUAGCAUCUCGGUUAUCAAAGAAAGAAACAGUAGCAUCAGGCAAAGCUGGUUCCGUUGCUGAAGAAGUCAUAGCCUCCAUUCGAACAGUAUAUGCGUUUAGUGGUCAGAAGAAAGAGAUAGAGAGAUAUCAGCAGUUUUUGGAGCAAGCGAGAAGUAUUAAUAUUAAAAAGGGUUUCUUCACUGGCAUUGCUAUGGGGACUCUAUUCUUCUGUAUUUUCUCUGCUUAUGCCCUCUCAUUCUGGUUUGGAUACAAACUGAUGAUCGACGAACCAGAAAACUAUGAUGUUUCAACAAUGAUCGCUGUGUUUUUCGGAGUGAUGAUGGGCUCAGCGAAUUUUGGUAUUUCUUCAACUCUUAUGGAGGUGUUUGGAGUAGCCAAGGGUGCUGGUGCUCAAAUCUUCAAUCUUAUUGACAACGUGCCUACUAUCAAUCCAUUGUUGAAUAAAGGAAUUGUUCCGAAGUCGAUUGCUGGAAAUAUCGAACUUAAAGAUGUUGUAUUUCGAUAUCCUUCAAGGCCUGAUAUAAAAGUUUUGAAAGGAGUAAGUUUAAGCAUCAAGCGAGGCCAAUCGGUAGCGUUGGUCGGUCAUUCUGGAUGUGGAAAGUCUACCAUUAUUCAGCUUUUAUCUCGUUAUUAUGAUGCUCUAGAAGGCACUGUUUACGUGGAUGAUAUGGAUGUUCGACAACUAUCUGUUCGAUGGCUGAGAGAGCAAAUCGGCUUGGUCGGGCAAGAGCCAGUACUGUUCAAUACUACAGUACGAGAAAAUAUAAGAUAUGGUCGCGAAGGUGCAACUGACGCUGAUAUAGAAGCAUGUGCAAGGCAGGCUAAUGCACAUCAGUUUAUAAUGAAACUUCCUAAGGGCUACGAUACUCUGGUGGGUGAACGUGGAGCAUCGUUAUCAGGAGGACAGAAGCAGCGCAUAGCUAUAGCCAGGGCUCUGGUGCGGAACCCAAGUAUACUGCUGCUUGAUGAAGCCACUAGUGCUCUAGAUACGUCUUCUGAAGCUAAAGUUCAAAAAGCCUUGGACAAGGCUCAAGAGGGUAGAACAACUGUCGUUGUGGCACACAGACUUUCAACAAUUAGAAAUGUUGACAUGAUUUAUGUUUUCAAAGCGGGUGAAGUUAUAGAAUAUGGAAAUCACGUAGAACUUAUGGAAAAGAAAGGGCAUUAUUAUGACAUGGUUAUGAUUCAAGGGACUACACCAGAACUAGAAGAAGAAAAUGGCACUGAUCUUACUAGACAAACUUCAUUUAAAAUCGAAAGUGACGAUGAAGAGGAAGCAAUAGAAUCUUUAGAAGAGGACGCUGAGGACAAAAUGGAGAAAGAAAAACAUAUUUCAUUCUGGAAUGUGAUACGCCUGAACACUCCAGAAUGGAAGUCUAUUUCAGUUGCGAGCCUGUGUUCUCUUUUGAGCGGAUUUUCUAUGCCCGUUUUGGCUAUCAUACUUGGUGAUUUUGUUGGGAUCCUUUCGGGCGACAAUCCGGAUUUCAUUCGAGGAGAAGUCCGAAAAUAUGCACUCAUUUUUGUUGGAAUUGGAGUUUUUGCAGGAAUAACCAACUUCAUAACGGUCUUCUUUUAUGGCAUCGCAGGAGAGUAUUUGACGGAACGACUCAGGCGCCAGAUGUUUGAGAAAAUUCUUCAGCAAGAAGUUGGUUUUUAUGAUGAUAAAAACAAUUCUACUGGUGCUCUAACAGCUCGACUGUCUGGUGAAGCUUCAGCUGUACAAGGCGCAACUGGUCAAAGAAUCGGUACUGUUCUUCAAGCGGCCGGGACCUUCGGAUUUUCUCUUGUAUUAUCCCUAUAUUAUGAAUGGAGAGUCGGAUUAGUUGCACUAGCAUUUGUUCCAUUAUUAAUGUUUAUUAUGUUCAGAGAGGGCAGGAUGGUUUAUUCAGAAUCGUCUGGCACAGCAAAAACGAUGGAAAAUAGUUCUAAGUUAGCUGUCGAGGCUGUUUCAAACGUACGCACGGUAGCAUCUUUGGGGCGAGAAGAGACAUUUUGCAAUGACUAUGCUAGUCAACUCUUACCGGCUUUGAUUCUGGCGAAACGUUCAACACACUUGCGAGGACUUGUCUACGGCAUUUCCAGAGGUCACUUUAAUGUUAUAUAUGCUGCUGUCAUGUACUAUGGUGGAACACUUGUUGUGUAUCACAAUGUGGAUUAUGCUUUGAUUUUGAAAUCAGCACAAGCAUUAUUAAUGGGAGCAACUUCAGCAGCCCAAGCUUUUGCAUUUGCACCAAAUUUCCAAAAGGGCAUAGUUGCAGCUGGUCGUGUUAUUAAGCUGUUGAAUAAAGAGUCUAAAAUAAAGGAUCCUGUAAAACCGUUCAAUGGAUUCAAAGGUUCUGGUUAUGCUCGACUUAAAAACGUCAACUUCAAAUAUCCGACUAGACCCACCAUACAGGUUUUGAGCAAUUUGAAUUUGGAGAUAGAAAAGGGAAAAACUGUUGCUCUGGUUGGAUCAAGUGGGUGUGGGAAAAGUACAAUAAUACAGUUGUUAGAAAGAUAUUACGAUCCUGACAGAGGCGUAGUGGCUCAAGAUAACGUUCCUAUUCGAAGACUCCGUCUUGAAGAGGCUAGACGGCCAAUAGGAUUUGUCCAACAAGAGCCUAUACUAUUUGAUAGAACUAUCGGUGAGAAUAUUGCUUAUGGAGAUAACACAAGGCAACCAACCACUGAAGAGAUUAUAGAAGCGGCUAAACAAGCGAACAUUCACAAAUUUAUUGUUUCGUUGCCUAUGGGCUAUGACACUAAUAUAGGAACGAAAGGUACCCAGUUAUCUGGUGGUCAGAAGCAGCGAGUGGCGAUUGCUAGAGCUCUGAUCAGAAGACCACGAAUGCUGCUUUUAGAUGAAGCAACUAGUGCUCUUGAUACGGAAAGCGAAAAAGUGGUACAAGAAGCUCUAGAUGCAGCCAAGGCUGGUAGAACAUGUGUAAUGAUAGCACAUCGUCUCAGCACAGUGAGAGACGCCGACGUAAUUUACGUCCUCAAAGAUGGGAAGGUCGUCGAAACCGGGAAACAUUCCGAACUGUUAGAUCUGAAAGGGAUUUACUACAAUUUACACAGGACAGGGAACAUGUAGUGUGUUUUUUAUUCAUAAUUGUGUAAUUUAAAAAUAGAAUGUGUCGUGUUAUUAUAAAUGUUGCUAUAUGUUAUUCGUUUGCCAGUUUAUCUCAUAUUCUAGUUAUAUAAGUAUUAAAGUGAAUUAUAGUAUGGUUAUUGUAUUAAACUUUCCACUUCAAUAAUACUUUAAUAUUGUUUAUAGGUAGGUAAUUUCAUAAAGCAUACCAAUUUUUGUAAUUUAACAUUUAUAAUUAACACUUAAGAUAAUGUUUUUAUUAUAUAAAUUUCCACAAAUAUAAUGCUUUCGAUAUUUA